GUCAUGGUGAUCGAGGCCGCGGGCCCGGCCAGACCAGGCGGCUCCAAGUCCCGUCUUCACAGCCACCUCGGGACUGUGGAAGGAUGAGGUCCUCCCUGAUGCCUUUGGGGCCCCCUGUGAGCCGGGACCGCGUCAUCGCCAGCUUCCCUAAGUGGUACACGCCUGAUGCCUGCCUGCAGUUCAAGGAGCAUUUCCAUGGGCAGGUCAGCGCAGCCUGCCAGCACAGGACCACGGGCACUGUCGGGCUCAAAUUCUCCAAGGUGGUUGUCGUUGGCGAUCUCUACGUGGGGAAGACAAGCCUCAUCCACAGGUUCUGCAAGAAUGUUUUCAACCAUGACUACAAGGCCACCAUUGGGGUGGACUUUGAAAUCGAGCGCUUUGAGAUCGCUGGGAUUCCCUACAGCCUCCAGAUCUGGGACACAGCCGGUCAGGAGAAGUUCAAGUGCAUUGCAUCUGCCUACUACCGGGGUGCCCAGGUGAUCAUCACGGCCUUCGACCUCACUGAUGUGCAGACUCUGGAGCACACCAGGCAAUGGCUGGAAGAUGCACUGAGGGAGAAUGAGGUAGGCUCCUGCUUCAUCUUCCUCGUGGGGACCAAGAAGGACCUUCUGUCAGGGGCGGCGUGUGAGCAGGCCGAGGCGGAGGCUGUGCACCUGGCCAACAAGAUGCAGGCCGAGUACUGGUCGGUGUCAGCCAAGACGGGGGAGAACGUGAAGGCGUUCUUCAGCCGUGUAGCCGCCCUGGCAUUCGAGCAGUCGGUGCUGCAGGACCUGGAGAGGAGGAGCAGCACCCGGCUCCAGGUCGGGGAUGGAGACCUCAUCCGAAUGGAAGGAAGUCCACCUGAGACCCCAGAGAGCAGGAAGGCCUCCAGCCUGGGUUGCUGCUAGCUGGGGCCUGCAUUAGAGGCCUCCACCCCUUGCACGCACAUGGGAAGAGGCUUCCGUGACUGGAGGGUGACAUGGAGCCCAGGCUCUGCAGCUUGUCUGCCCUCAAGGUGUAGAGGUCUGUUCCCAUCUCUCCACCUGCCAACUGUGCUGAGCCCCAGGGGCUCUUUGGUAGGUUGGGAGCCAAGAGGGGCCCCCAUGGGCUGCUCAGGGGCCCCACACUGCCCUGCCGGUGGGGCACUGCUGUGAUCUCCCGGAAAGCCAGUUCUUCCUGAAAAGUCAUCAGAUAGUCACCCUUGGCCUUGAGAGGCUUCAGGACUGCAAACUUGGGACACUCCUUCCCCAGCCCACAUCCCUCGCUCAUGGCCUACAUCGACCCUGGCACUGUUUCCUAGCAAUCCUGGAUGUGGCCUCAAAAUCCUCACCUAGUGUUCCAGGCAACCGGGACUUGUCAAGGUCGGCAGCUGAGGAAAAAUCCACCUGCCAUCCCCCCUGGGAGUUUUCUAUUGACAACGGGACUUGCAGUUCUGGGCCUCAAAGCUCUAGGCCUCAUUGUCUGCUGUCCCUCUGCUACAGACUUUCAGGGUCCCUGGGCAGCCCUGCCCCUCCCUGGAGGACAAUGGACAAGAAGUCUCUCAGGCUCCCUCUGGCCAAGGGGCCCUCUCUGGUACCUCUGAGAUUUUCAGAGUCCUGCGCUCCUGGUCAGUGGGCGAGGAUGGACAGAACAAGCCCCUGGUGCCCCUCUGGCCCAUCUGGAUGACUCAUUUCCCUGGCCGUGCUGAGGGAAGAAGACUCAUAGCGCCCCUUGACUAUCUCACUGCUUCAUCCCUUGAGUGUGGCACUGCUCUGCUUGGUCACUCAAACUAGGCCAGGACCCACUGUUGCCUCCCCAUCCAUCUCUCCUGAUGGCCUGCAUGUCUCUUUGGACAUUUGUCAUGGUGUCCACACAUCUUUGGAGGACUUUGGAGGCCGUCUGGAGUCUAGCACAUUCCGUCUCUGCUGUUUCCUCCUGUACACCCAGAGUGGGCAGGAACUCCCAUACCUCCCCCCAGCUCUCUGCCCAGCAUAUCUGUCCAUGGGGUCUUCCCUGACCCCUCCUCUCACUGCUCCUGUCCCCCUGGGUCUGUGCCCACCUAUCUCCAACCACAUUGUGCCAUAGGCAGGUGGAUACGUGUGGCAUCAUCUGCUUCCCGUAGGUGUUGAGCAUUUGAGGGGCAGCGUUGUGGUCUACACCACUGUCCUAGUCCCUGGCAUGCUGCAGGUGCCCCGGGAAUGUUUGACUCACAGCAAUUGCCAAAUAUCAGGGAGGAACGCUAGCCUCUUUCCUGUUCAUUGCCCCUUCACCAUAUUUUUACCUCUCUUUUCUCAUUUAUAAAAAACACUUCUUUAUAUAAAUGACUUUUAAAGGAAUUGCAUGCUUAGUGCAAAGCAAGACAGUGCAAAGCGGAAGCCCCUCCAGUUGGUCCACCACAUUUGCUGGCUGUGUGUCAUUUCACCAGAAUGACCUCAUGAUGUACACACUGCCUGGCGCCCAAAUUCCUAAUGAUCUGCCACCGAGCCCCCUCACUGCCUGCACAUGCCGAACCUCCUCAUUCCUUUAGAGCUGCCCAGUUUUCCUUCAUAUGGAUGGCCCAUGGUUCAUUUGACCUGCCCUAUACACAAGUCAUCCAGUUUGUGUCCAACUUUUAGCUUUUACUGAUGGUGCUGCAGUGGCCAUCCUUGUACUUAUUGCUUUGCAUACUCAGGAUUCCCAAAAGAGGCCUGGCUGGGCCGUUCUCUGGGCUGUGGUCCACUAAACACAGCCUGGAGGGAAAGCAGGUGGCAUCGGGUGUGCGUUAGGGAGUAGUGGGUUUGCUGGGUGCAAUAGAAAGUGUCACAGGAUGGGAGAGCCAGGGUGUGCUGGCUGGACCCAUGGCCCUCCCUUGCUCCUUCGGGCCCCUAGAGGUGUGUGUGUGUAGAGGACACAAUAUGGUGUCCUGCUGUCGCCAGCUCCAGAGCUAGAACCGCACUGUCCAGUGCAGGCCUGCACCUCUGUAAGUGGUCCUUUAUUAAACUCUUCUUGUAUUAUA